AUGUCACCACCCGCUCCUUGGAAAUGGCCGCUCUCGUGGCGAGUUGCUCUCCUUCUCAAUGUUGGCAUGUUCAACUUACUGGGCAAUGCCUUCGCUGCCGGGGCACCUCCGCUCUUCAGUCUCAUCAUACAAGAGUUCCACAUCACCCAGGACGAAGCAUCGCAAUUGUCGACCUAUGUUCUGCUCACUUUGGGAAUUUCCAAUAUCUUUGCUCUACCGGCUGUGGCACUGAUUGGUAAACGUUAUACGAUCCUCACCUCUCUCGCUUUAUUCCUGGCCAUGUGCAUCUGGUCUGGCGAGGCAACUUCUUUCGUCUCCCUAAGAACCUCACGUAUUCUCGGGGGUCUCGCUGGAGGGCUGAUUGAGGCUCUUGGUCCUAGCCUCGUGGUCGAGACGUUCCCUGAACACCAGCUUGCGAGGGCCAUGGUGGUAUACGUCGGCCUCUUGGCAGCAGGCUCGUCGUUUGGGCCACUGGUGGCCGGAGCUGUUGCUGAUGGCCUCAACGAUUGGAGGUGGUACCCACGAAUUCUGGCAGCUGUUAUGGGCCUUAAUCUCGUAGGAUCCAUUAUCAUGCUCCCAGAGACGACUCCCGACCCUUAUGAGACACGCGCAAACGUCGAGAGCGACAAAAGCUCCUACAAGCCGACGCAGAGCGAGAAAGAAGAUAUCCGUGCGGGGAGCGGCAACGUGCCGACACCAGAAACUGCUACUUCUUCCUCAUCAUUAGGCCGGCAGUGGCUCGUUCGAUCCUUCUCAUUCAAAUAUGUCAGCCUAGACUGGAAGCUCGCUUUGCGUAGCUUUUAUCAACCGCUUUCACUCUUCAUUCUCCCCCAAGUCUUGGUCGCCACACUGGUGUUCGGCCUCACCAUUGGCUGGACGGUUCUGAUCUCCGUCAUCGUGGCAAUGAAAUACGGUCAACCACCUCUUCUAUGGAGACCCCUAGCUAUCGGCCUUUUGAAUGUUGGGCCACUCGUAGGCUUGCUCGUUGGUCUGCCAUUCGGUGGCGCCCUCGCAGACAUCCUCUUUAGCAGAGCAACCCGUCGAUCUGGUGGCACUGAGAAUCACCGUGCAAGAUUACCUGCCACCCUAAUUGGCGCCAUUCUCAGUCCCACGGGUUGUCUGAUCUUGGGGUUUGGCUUGAAGAACCCCAGCAGCUGGAGUCUGGUGACCGUUGGCUGGGGAAUGCUGGCAUUUGGCUUGACCAGCUCCGCCAAUGUGCUCCUGACGUAUGCUGUUGACACUCUGCCCGCCCGUGCAAGCCAUAUCGGCGCGCUCAUCAACUUGACCAAGAAUUGUCUCGCAUUCGGUGUCUCCUAUACAUCUGUGAGCUGGACAGAGGCAAUGGGACCUGUUGGCCAGUUUGGUACUAUGGCUGGGCUACUUUGGUUCGCCUACUUGGUGGUGAUUCCGGUUUGGCUCUACAAUGAUGCUUUGACUCGAAUGACAUCAAAGUUGUUUAGGUGA